CUUUUACUGGAGCUGCGCACUCUUUUACUUCCUGUUUACAACCGGGCAAAAUGGCGGCGCCCAUGCGAAUGGCACCACGGAGCAUGUACAAUUCCUAAAACGAACGCUAUAUUUUCUUGAAAAAUAAGUUUGAACACAUAAUUUAAAACUUUACAUGAUCCAUCAAGAGUUUUCUGGGGGUUGCAUGCGUAGGCUAACGUUACACAGCCCUGACUCUUAUUUGUUUCUACCACGCUCUGCAGUGGACGGCAGAAUGUUCUUGCUCGCUUGUGUGUUUAUAUCUGCUCGUUAGAGUGUACAUGAACAGCGGAUUAAACCGGAGACGAGACACUGGGCAAUAUAAGUCGAUUAAUGCUGUUAGUAGUGUUGAAAUCAUUAAACUGAAGCUCUGGCAGGCAUGCGGUGUGUGAAGGCGCUUCAGCUCACCCUUGCGGUCAUCAAACCAGAUGCUAUGGCUCAUCCGCUCAUACUGGAGGCUCUUCAUCAGAAGAUUCUGGAAAACUUCAUUAUAAUUAGAAAGAAAGAUCUGAUAUGGCGAAAAGCUGAUUCGGAAAUGUUUUAUGCUGAACAUUCAGGACGUUUCUUCUUUCAAAGACUGGUUGAAUUUAUGUCGAGCGGCCCAAUGAGAGCGUACAUCUUAGCCAGGGAAGACGCUAUCACUCACUGGAGGACGAUGAUGGGGCCGACUAAAGUUUUUAGAGCCCGUUUCAGUUCUCCAGAGACGCUUCGGGGCAAGUAUGGACUGACUGACACCAGAAACACCACUCAUGGAUCAGAUUCCAUUGAAUCAGCCAAAAGAGAGAUUUCAUUUUUCUUCCCAGAAUUCAGUGCAGAGGAGUGGAUGAUGAGGGAAGAACCACAUUUUCGCUUGGGACACACUGAAUAUAAUGAAGAGAGCCAGAUUCAUACUGUCAAGCACACAUGAGGAUCACUGGACUGAUGGUAUUUCUGCAGUGCUACAUGAUUGUGAUUUUCACCACCUUUUCCUUCUGCUGCACUUGAUGUUUUCUUUGCAUCGCCAUGUCACUCUAUUGUAACUUACGACUUCUAUCACAGCUCUGCCAACAGUUUUGUGUAUAUGCAUAUUUAUGAACAUAUGUACUAGCAUUGUAAUAGGUGUAAAAUAAAAUGUAAAUUUCCCCCAGCAUAACAAUAUUUU